CAUGUAACCUAAAUGAAAGGCCCGUUCUCGUUGAAACAAAGCACUUGUGUAGACAAGAAAACCUUAUAACCCUUUCCCUCGCCUCCGUCGCAGUUUUCUCUUACGUUCGGCUGAGUCUAUCCCUGUUGCUGUUCUUUUUCGAUCAGUGAGAAGUUAUCAGUGAUAAUGUAUCUUCAGUUUUACAUAAACGAGAAUGGUGACAAAGUCUACACCACUAAGAAAGAGUCGCCGCUAGGGCUAGCUACACAAUCUGCGCAUCCAGCCCGGUUUUCACCCGAUGAUAAAUAUUCGAGGCAGAGAGUUACUCUGAAGAAGCGUUUUGGAUUGUUACCAACCCAGCAGCCACCUCUAAAGUACUGAGUGAUUUUGAAGUUCCAAUUUUUAAGUGUCUUUCCUAUGAUUAGCAGUGUUUUUGUGAACUAGUGUAGUGCCGAUACAUGAGGCCAAGUGAUUGAGCCAUAUAUAUUGUGUUAUGAACGAAUUACGUAAAAUCUGGCUCACGUAUUAGAAUGAAGUGACCCUGGUGUUGAAAUGCAUUUUGAGUUGUGUUGCAGUCAAUAUAAUGUUGUAAACAAA